GGCCUCGCGCUCCGUGGUCAUGAGCGGGAACCGGCCGCUGGACGAACGGGAGCGGAAACGCUUCACCUACUUCUCGUCGCUGAGCCCCAUGGCCAGGAAGAUCAUGCAGGACAAGGAGAAGAUCCGCGAGAAGUACGGGCCCGAGUGGGCGCGGCUGCCGCCCGCGCAGCAGGACGCGAUCAUCGACCGCUGCCUAGUGGGGCCGCGCGCCUCGGCGCCCGCGGACCCGGGGUACUCCGGCGACCCCGAAGACCCCGUGCGCUUCCCCGGCCUGCGCGGGCCCACGGGCCAGAAGGUGGUGCGCUUCGGCGACGAGGACAUCACCUGGCAGGACGAGCACUCUGCUCCUUUCUCCUGGGAAACUCGGAGCCAGAUGGAGUUCAGCCUUUCCUCCUUGAGCAUCCAGGAGCCAAGCAGCGGCGCUUCCACCAGUGAGCUGAGGCCACUGCCCAAGGCCUCCCAGGGCCCACAGGCCCUCAAGACCACCCAGGGCAGUAGGUCAUCCAGCCUGGACGCCCUGGGUCCAGCCAGGAAGGAAGAUGAGGCGCCCUUCUGGAAAAUCAAUGCAGAGAGAUCCCGGGAGGGGCCUGAGGACGGAUUCCAGUCUUUGACCCCCAGCCAGAUCAAGUCCAUGGAGAAGGGGGAGAAGGUCCUGCCUGCCUGUUACCGGCAGGAGCAGUGGGGUCUUCCCAGUGUGAGUGUGGACCGGGAGAGACCCCCGCCUGCUCAAGCCACCUCUGGCAUGCUGCCCGAGGACCAACUCUCUGAGCCCUUGGGGAAGCCACUGUCCCUGGAUACCUCACAGGACGAGGACAGCGCUCUGGGUUCAGAGCCCACGCCUGCACAGGCCGGCUCCAGUGUCAUCCUGAAGACGGGCUUCGACUUUCUGGACAACUGGUAAACGGUGUUGGGCGCGGCGCAGCCGGGAGCCGAGGUGUCCAGGGUGCUGUGCCCAGGGAGGGCUUGUGGCCUGUUUCCUGGUUUCUCUACUAUUGAUUUUUUGGAAGCUGGUAAAUUUGCCAGAUUUUUUUUUCUCUUUGAUAAAACCAGAUAUAUAUGCUAUUUUCAACAAUUUGCUAAUGGAAGUUUUACAUCUGGAAUUUUUAAGGACCAUUAGGAAUUUAGUGGAUCUUGUUAGUAAGCCCUUCCAGCUCUGCCCUUGACCCUCCUCUCAGGAGGCCUCCUCGCUGACGUCACCAAGUCACCACCAAAUCCUGUCUCCUGUUUGUGCCCUCCCUAUGCAGCUGGCCUCCUUGGUGGUGGCUGCCAUGUCUUCAGUCCUGCACAUUGGCCACUGCUGUUCCCACAGGAAGAUCUGCCCUCAGGAACUCCCAGUGCUCACAGCCCCUUGCUGAAGGCACACCUGCACCGUGUGCCACCCGCCACCUCAGGUGGCUUCCAGGAAACAGACUGUCAGCAUGCGGUGGACAUGCGGUGAGCUGCCCCAUGGUCACUGAAGUAUCUAUCCUAUUUAACAAGAGCUGCGUGUCUGGAGUUGUGCGCCAACCUCCUGUUAUCCAUACCUAGCUUCAGCAGCUGUGGGCUACCACAUUGCCUGGUUUUGUACCAGUUUCUUUUGGGAAGCUCCCAGCACUUAUGUGACCUGUUGCUUGUCCCCGUGCUGCGCAUGAGUGGUCGGGGUGGCAGUGCUGCUGGGGCAGAGGCCCCUCUGAUUCACUAUUGCUGCUUUCCAGAGGAGAUGGGCUGUGGCUGCCCACCCCCAACUCCUCAGGCUGCAUCAAGAUGGGCCCGCCCAGCCCUGACCACAGCAGAGUGGAAGAGGUGGCCAGUGGGCCCCAGCAGUACCCUGGGGGCCCCACAGCACCCCAGGAGGGCUUGUCUGGGGCUGGAGCAGAUUCCCAGGCUGUGUGGCAGGAGGGUGGACCUCAGCUGGAGGCCACUGCCCUCACUGUGCCCUGCCCUGUGCUCUGGCAGGAGGCGCCUUCUCCUCUGCCGUGCACACACCACUGCCACUGUGUCCCCUCACCUGAGGCCUUAUUCCCUCGGAGCCCUGCCAACAAGCUUCAGGACCAAAGGGUGGCUUUUUUAAAAAACACGCUUCUUAGGCCCUUCUGAAGUACUCUCCAGGACAUCAUCUGACUCCAACCGCCUCCACCCCCAGGAAAAUCUUUGCCAAAGCCAUGGCUAGCAACUCUGCUGGUUCCCACCCUUGCUGGGUGCCCCGGGGUGUGGGCUUCACCUCCCUCCUUUGGUCCCUCACUGCAGUGUGGCAGGUAGACAUCCCUCUGUAACAUGUGAGCAUUCUUUUUUUUUUUAAUAUUUUUUUAGUGGUAGAUGGGCACAGUAUCUUUAUUUUAUUUCUUUAUUUUUAUGUAGUGCUGAGGAUUGAACCCAGUGCCUCACACAUGCUAGGCAAACGCUCUACCACUGAGCUACAAUCCCAGCCCCCACAUGAGCAUUCUUGAAGCGUCCAUGCCAGUUCAUCCCAGCUGGGCGCCAGCCCCCCAGGGGCCAGCGCUGUCACACAGGGAAUCCACGGCCUCCCCGCUUGCCUGUAUCUCCGCCUUAGGGUGGUGGCUGAGCUGGAGGCCAGGGUGCUCCUUGCCAUGGGUUGGGCUCACUGGUGUGGGCAGCAGAGAGAGGGCUCCUGCUGGCACGCCUGGUCGGCAAUCCCUCUCUCUCCUUGCCAGAAGUCCCCAUUUCUUUCCCACUUUCCUGUGAAUCUCGACAUUCCCUUCAGGUUGUUCUCAGAACUGAGGGGUGGAGCCACUGAGGACUCCAUGCUCUUGAUCCCUUUGUCCCAGCCUUGCAACCUCUAGUUACUCUUGGGGGGCAGCCCCCCAGGAGUGAGUGGAAGCCAGAGCGGGGAGUCCUGAGGGGUCUCGCGCUGUUGGCUCUGCCUUCGGGAGAAGUGCAGUCCCCAUCCUGCCUGAUUGGUGACUGUCCCCCACAUGGGUGGUUGGUGCAGAGGUGACUUUCCCUCCCCCGGGUUGAAGCUCCCCGUUUCCACGUGCUUCUCCCCCAGACUCCAGGUGGGUCUGUCAAAGCAGGAGCUUGUGAGCACACUCCCCAGUACACUGGCCCCACACCCGGGGCUCGGCUGAGGACCAGCGUCCUGCUCUCACUACUUCUGCAGAAGUCCUCCAGGACAUCAGAACCAGGGUCAGUGUCAUGGGCCUGCUCCUGGCCCUCCGGCCUGGGUGUGGCCUGUGGAGCGGCCUCCCUUUGGUCCUCCUUCCUUUGAUACACAUUUUCAGAGAUGAUGAGUUCUUAUAAUGUGUAACUUGGUUAUAUUUUAUACUAAUUGCCUUUAAUAAAGCCUUUUUAAAAAUGCCA